CCGUCUCUUCUGUCUGCCGCAGUUUCUCUUCUGAUAUUUAACCAUCUCUAACAUAACACAUUAAAUAGUAGCCAUGUCCUUUCGUUCUGUGUUGCGUACUAUAAGUUUGUAAACAAAAUUAUGUCGUAAUAAUAAAGUAAAACAUGGGGGCGUGUUUCUGCUUGUCCUCAUUAGCUACGUUAGCUCCUUCAUCCGCAUCAGCAGUCAGAGCAGGAGAAAUGGCGGCCGGUUCUGGGGCUGCAAGCGGCCACGGAGCCCGUGGCUCCAACGCUGCUCUGGAAGCGUCUUUGGACCGGCGGUUUCAAGGAGUAUCCAACACUAUGGAGUCGAUACAAGGACUUUCGACAUGGUGCAUUGAAAACAAGAAGCACCACAGUCUUAUCGUUCGCUACUGGAUGCGGUGGCUCAAGAAAUCUGACAACAAUCACCGCUUGAAUCUCUUCUACCUUGCCAAUGAUGUGAUACAGAACUGCAAAAGAAGGAAUGCAAUUGUCUAUCGUGCAGCCUUCGCAGAAGUCCUCCCUAAUGCUGCUCAGCUCAUCAAAGAUGGGAAGGUCCGCAAGUCAGUGGAAAGGAUUUUUACGAUUUGGGAGGAGAGGAGUGUGUAUCCUGAGGAGGUCAUUGCCCAGUUCAAAGGCAACUUGAACAAGAAGGAAAAGGAGCGAGAGAAGCAGAAGGAGAAAGAGAAGGAGAAGGAAAAAGAAAAAGAAAAGGAGAGAGAAAAGGAGAGGGAAAAGGAGAAAGACAAGGAGGCCCCAUCGACAAAUGCACCAACCAACACCAAAGCUGCCCUCAAGUCUAAGAUUGUGGCAGAGUUCACACCCCACUCCCUCAUUGAACAGUUGUCGAGACAUAAGCAAGCAGUUGCAGAAGAGGAGUUCCGGGAGAAGCAGGUGGCAGCCCUCAGGGUGGACGUCUGUAGCACUGAGGCUCUGAAGAGACUUAAAGACAAGGCAGAAGGGAACAAGUUUGCCAAGGACUUUGAGGACGGCAGUCUGAAGCUGCAGGAUUUUGUUGGCUUCCUGGAUAAAGAGUUGAAAACAGGGCCUCCUCUGCUGGAGGCUUUGGGAAAUGCAGACAUUUUCUACGAGAUGCAGUACAAGGAGGUUAAGAUUGUGGCCAAUGCAUAUAACGCCUUUGCCAACCGCGUGGCCAGUCUUAAAAGGAAGUUGGAUUCCCUCAAGUCGACUCUACCUGGACCCGAGGACUCUCCCAUCCCCUCACCCUCUGAGGACGCCCCCUCCCCCACAGGCUCUGACUCACCCUUCCUAGGCUUGGGGGGCAGCAGAGCCCAAGUGGAUCCAGAGCUGGAUGGAAAGGCGAUGGAUGAAGGAGAAGUACCCAGCGACAACAGAGACAUGGAGGACAUGGAUAUGUCUGAUGAAGAGGCUGAGGCUGUCACAGCAGGGGCAGGUGACAAAAAGGACAAGGUGCCAGGUCUUUUUUCCAAGACUGCAAAGUCAGAUGCAGCAUCAAAGCCUCCUACCACACCAACGAAAGCUUCAAAGACCAAUUCUACUGCUGCCACAGCGACCUCAGUGACUCCUACCUCUGCUACAGCUCAGAGCACUCCAGCAACCCCUCUGGGAGUCAAUCUGGAGAAGGUGGACCUGGGAAAGAUCAGCUCCAUUCUGAGCUCACUCACAUCUGCCAUGAAGAAUACAGCAGUUAGUCCUGCUCGGCCGUCUCCAGGAACACCCACCACUCCUUCUGGCCAGUCGGCAGCCUCGAAAGUGAACCCUUCAAGCCCUGCCCUUGCCAGCAUCCUGUCACGUGUCGACAUCACACCUGAAGGCAUCCUCAAUGCUCUGUCUAAGACAAACACACCAGGUCUGUCCUCCCUCCUGCAAAGUGUGACAAACACCAGCUCUGCACCUCCCACCCGAACCUCUCCAGAAUCAUCAUCAGUUAAAAACCUGCUCAGCCCAGCUACCCCAAAAACUAAACCCCCUCUGGGGAACAGCCUCAAGAGAGAGACACCUGGGAGAACCAGAGACUGGGAGAAAGAGAGACAGCUGUCCCCUCCUCCUCCACCCCCUCCUCGUCCCUCCGCUCCCUCUGUCUCUCCGCCCAGCCUAGAAUCGAAAAUCAACAGUUUCUUGCAGGGUAAUCCAGGUUUUAGUCUUGCUCUAGGUGAUGCCAGUCCCGAUGGAGUCGACGGGACCCCAGUGAGAGACGAGGCUGCUGGUACCCCCACCCAAGAUGAGAUCAUGGACACACCUGGGAGUGUGCCGGAUUCUCAUGGGUCAUCUGGAGGUCACAACCUGUCACCCACAGCCUACCGCAGCGAACCCUGGGAUGCUGUGAUCACCCCAUCAGGAAGUAGCAACAAUGGCGACUAUCUGGGCUCCUCCUCCUCCUCCCGGUACGGAGCUGGGAAAAAGAGUGGCACAAAAUUAAAGGACGAUGAGAUGAUGAAUGUGAGGAAGCAUGUCUCUUCCUCACCUAGUAAUGACAUGAAGGGUAAGAAAGAUGGACAGCAGCUAAAGAUGAUGGGAAACAGCAGAGGGAUUGGAGAAAGAAGACUCUCUGCAGGCUCUCGUAAGGCAAGCAGUAGCUCAGAUGACGGAGGUCUGAGUGGGAAAAGAGAUGACAAGGGGAAAAGUGAAGAGUCUCAGUCUUCGGGUAGGAAGGAGGGCCAGUACCAUCGUAUUGAGACACUAGUGUCACCCUGCACUGAAGGGGCACCCAUCCAAACUCUCGGCUACUCUAACCGCCCACUCGCUGGAGAGCGCAUCAAGACGGUAGAGAGCAUCCGCAUGAUGGGCCGAGGCUCUCGGCGAGGCGGAGGGGCUGGCGGUCGGCCAGGGGGAGCUAUGUGGUAUGAAGAGGAAGAAUACAUGGAAGCUCAGCCUCCCUCACCCCAUGAUGUCCCCCCACCACCCCCUCAUAACAUUGGCCAAGGAGGCACCAAGGACAUGACUAACCCUAACACCUCCAUGCCGCCUCCUCUCUCUCAUCUCCUCCUCCCACAUCUCCAACCUCCUCCCUCUCAUCCUCACUCACAUCCUCCUCCGCAAGCUCAGUUCCAAAUGCCCUACCAUACGGAGAACAUGCAGACUCCUCCUCCAUCACUCCUCCACCAGCAUCCUCCCCCUACAUCCCCAUUCUUUGGCGCCCCUCCACCAAUACCGAGGCCGCCUCCGCCUCCUGUACCGCAGCACCCUUCCCCUACACCUCUCCAUGCCAAUGUGCCCUCAGCAGUCAUGGUGGGCGGAGUAUUGGUCCCUGUUGACCGCCCCCUCUCUCUUCCUCCCCAAAUCAGACCUGAAGGUGCAGAUCGUGGCGGGCUGGGGCCCAGAGGAAACAAAGUAGGUCCUCCGCCCCUCAUGACAUCGUUGCUAGGCGAGCCACCUAAGCUGCCCCGCCCUGGCACAAUUAAAGAGCCUUUUGUUUCCCGCCACCCAGCCCCUCUCCUCCGCCAAGGUAAUCCUGGUGUUCCUCUACCCUUACUGGGUAGAGUGAAGGAGCCUCUGAGUCUGCCUCUUCCACCCCCCUCUCCCACAUCCUCCACACCCUCCCCCUCUACUCCUAACUCCCCUGCAGUCGACACUGUCCCCCCUCGCCUCCCUUCUCAGUCCUCUGCCCCUCCUCUUCACAAGCCCCCCGCUAGUCCUCCGGCUCAGCCCCGCAACCAAACCUCUAACCCCGUUCCGCUCCUCAACUUGCCCAGCCCUCGACCCCCAAUCCUUUCAGUCCCCAUCCCACAGAGACCUCUGCUGCGAGGCCGAAACCCCUCUCAGCAUCACAACCGAGAUCACCCAAUGGGGGGAUUCCGUGGGGGCAAGCGACCUGGUCCUCCGUUCACAGGUGGUCCUUUCCAUGGGCAGAAGAGACCCUUCCUUCCACCGCGCUAUUGAAGUGGUCAUCUAUGACAUGCUGAACGAGAAGUACAAGUGCUCUGCGCUGAAGUGCAGAGUGUGUGUUAGCCCUGCUGGUAUGAGCCCAGAUAUCUUUACUCUGUUAAUUAGCUUGAAUUAAAACUACCUUAGGUUGUGUGUAAAUAGCUGAUCAGAUCUCCAUGCUUCAGCUAGGUAGCCAGCCAGUCAUGUUACACUGUACAGUACAGCUUCGAGGUUAUCUGUUACAUAGUGCAGAGUGUUGUGUAACGAGCCUCAAUCUAUCGCUUUUUUCCAUCUCUCUCCACACAUAGUAGAUAAAAGUUUAAUUAGGUCUGCUGCAAGUGUGACAUAACCAUAGGAAGAAAACACAGAAAUGAAACUUUAUUUUGCCUACCUGAGAGAGCAGGAGAGUGAGAGAGACUGGUAAGGGUCUCAUGGGAUGCAGAGGGAAAACUGAAGGCAAUAGUUCGACAUUCUGGGAAAUACGCUUAUUUGCUUUCUUACCACAAAUAAGAUGAGAAGGUCAGUAUCACAUGUGUGUCCUUUUUGAAUAUAGAGCUUAGCGUAGUAUAAAACUGGAAACAGCAGCCAGCCUUUAUCUGUCAGAAACUAAAAGAAACCACCCGUGCUAACACCUCUUAAGCUAAUGAAUCAACAUGUUCUGUCUUGUAUAAUUCUUAAAAAGCUAAAGCGUUAAAAAAUACGUGCUGACAGUUUCAUUGGACGCUGGGCACGGUGACUUCAUUGAGUCUCUUCUGGUUGCCUGGCAACUUCACCACAGCUAUAAGACUCAAGAAAGUCCCAGCUCUUAGCAAAACAAGGCAGGCUGAUUUUGUCACCUUAAGGCUAGCUGUCUGCCCGUGUUUCCAGUCUUUAUGCUGUGCUUAGCAGACUCUUGUCUUGUCCACAGUUUUAUGUUUAACUGACAGAUAUGUCAUUUGACUUAACCAAGUAAGCCAAUAAUGAAGUUUCCCAAAUACCAAACUAUUCCUUUAAAAUGUUUGUCUAGAGUGAUUAUUGAAGUAUUUUCCAAAGUAAUCUCUUCUUCCAUGAGUGUAUGAGUGUGUGCUGUGUGUCCUGAAAUGGUAAUUCUCAUUCAAUGUGAUGAGAUCUGUGUUGCAGCCGAGGUUAACACAUGUUCCUACUUCCAGAGUACCUGCUGUAAAUAAUAUUCUUCUCUUGCUCGACUCUUUUUCACGCUUCCAUCUCUCCCACUGUAUAUCUCUAAGCUUGUAAAUAUAAAAAACUGAGAUGAUACAGCUCUUUUUCUCUUCAAGCUCUUAUUUCUGUUAACGAGGACAUUGAUCGUCACUCACACUCCCCGUCUUUACUGUGAUUGAGGCCUUGGAUAAGCUUUAGCUCCAGAAGAAUUUUCUCUGCAGUGUCUGUCGCACCUUUCUGUCCUCCUUUUUGAAACUACCAUGCAGAAGAGGAGGGUGAAGAUAAUUCUGUGUUUUUUUUUUGUUUUUUUUUUAUUUCCAACAUAAAUGUCUGCCUGUUCGCACUUCAAGUUAGACUGAGUCAUGAAGAUACUCAGUAGUGGAUGGUGGGUCAGAGGCGGGGGGAUUUCAGCUUGAACCACUCUCUUGCUAGGCUUCAUCAUGUACUGACUUGAAUAAAAUCCAGAGUUUCAAUUCAACUGGGGGGGGAGGUAUUUUAUUUGAUCACUAUUCACCAAUUGAAUUGCGCUGUUGUAAUUUAUUUGCGCUGUUCUGCCUGUUUUUGUUUUUUUUUUCAGAGAAACUGAUUUCAUCUAUUUACACAGCUGCUGCCAUUUUCAUUUAACGCCUUUAUUUUUUGCGCUGUGUUUUUUUUACUUGAUAGAAAUGGCAAUUUACAGAUACGGCAGCACUCACAGAUGGUAUCAGGGGGCGAACGCAUUUGAGAUAAUUACGAUUGUUUGGAAAAAAGGUUUAUUUAAAUAAUCCAGCUGUUUUGGCCCCAUCUUCUGUUUUGUUUCUUUCCUAAUUUCAUACUUUGGCCCUCAACUCCCUGUGCUUACCUUGUGUCACUCGGUUUUGUCCAGAAACACUCCUGCACCUCUCAACACCUCUGAGGGUAAAAAUGCGUCAGCACGAUGCCACUAAUCCUCCUCCUUGUGCAGGAGUUAUUUACGUAAUGCUUCCCUCUGUUCGACACUGUGCACACCUACGCAGUGAGAGGUGCAUGUUGGGUGUCGCUGCUCAAAUCCUCCUGUGUUUGUCUGAUCAUGGAGUGUGUGUUGUCUCCUGUGCUCAUUUUACAAGUUCAGCUCAUCAAGAUGCACUGAGCACCUGCAAAAAAGCUCCCGCAUAAAGUUGAGUAGAUACAUUUUGACAAUGUAUAGAGAACAUUUGUCACCAGUGUUGGCACGCCAUCAGAGUUCUGAUGUUUUACUGAAUGUUAUGCAAGUCUGUUACCACCCCCUGUAAACUGUGUGUCUUUUUAUCUGAGAAGAAACAGUACAAGCCAAAGUCAUUGUUGUGUUCACACUGCACAGAGAGAACGCUCUAUUCAUUGUUAUAAAAAUCUUCUAGCCUACCAAGCACCUAUUUCAGUGGUCCCAGUAAAUAACCCCUCUUCGUUAUUUUCUCCUCACUUCCUCUUUAACAACUUGAGUUUGCUGAUGGUCUGUGUACAUUUGAUACGUUUAUUUGCUCUUACUGCUGUUCUCAUCAAUGAUGCUAUAUCUCUGGUC